AUGGACAAUUUCCAAGAUUAAAAUAUGGAUUAACUUUCCUUUUCCAUUGGUGUCAGGUUUUGAUUUGAUGCUGCCUGAUGACUUCACUGACAUUCUUUUGCCAAGCAUCCUGCCAGAAGACAGUAGUGACUACAAGUUUCUGGACUCUACAAUUUCCUGGAGCGAAUUGGAGUCACCAGACCACUGGAAAACCUUGACUGGUUUCCCACCCAGUGACCCUGGGUAUGAAUCUGCACCCACCUCUCCAUACAGCGUUGAUGAUUCCAAUCCAGGAUCCCAAGCUCCUAACUCUCCAGACUCCGGUGGAAGUGAAUCAGAUUUUGAUCCCUCCAUAACACAUACUCAAUAUGUAACUCAAAAUGAAGGAUUUCCUAAAACUUUAAAUGGUGAUUCCAAUCCUCCGAAACGAGGCAGAGGAAGACCAAGAAAAUUUGGCAAAGAAGAAAAGAACUUUGUAGAAGCCAAGAAAAACAAACAUUCCCCACGUGGCACUCACCUCUGGGAGUUUAUCAGGGAUAUCCUCCUUCAUCCAGAGAUGAACAAUGGCCUUUUGAAAUGGGAAGACCGGUCAGAAGGAAUCUUUAAGUUUCUAAAGUCUGAGGCUGUUGCACAACUUUGGGGUGAAAAGAAAAAGAACAGCAGCAUGACCUAUGAAAAGCUCAGCAGAGCCAUGCGGUACUAUUACAAACGCGAAAUCCUGGAGCGAGUGGAUGGGAGGAGGCUGGUCUACAAAUUUGGAAAGAAUUCGAGUGGUUGGAGAAUUGGAGAUGCAUGAUCAGACUUACUUUCUUCUGAUAUUAAAAAAUUUGCUGACAGUACAGAUGUUUGCUGGCAAACAAAUUCCAUCAGUUGGAGUGAGAUGACCAAGCCUGCAAUGGACUUACGACUUGCUCCAUUUGGGGGAUGUGCUCCAUGGGCAUUAAGUAAUGAAUUUUUGAGGAGAUGGAAGCAUUUUGUUUAAUUUUUAAUUCUCACAUUUUAUCAGACUCCAGCCUUUCAGGGCCAAAAGUGUGUGUCACAAAGGUGGCACUUGAAAUAGUAAGCCUAUAUUUGGGCCAAAGUAGGUUAUUAAACCAAUUUUAUACUGUUCUGGAUAUUCUACAAGCUAUUUGAUGAAACUCACGGCAUGUACAGCAAAUGUUUCAGAUGCAGUGGGUGACUAUGAACAACUCCAAGAAACAAAUUACUCUGUUCUGGCAUUGUUCGAUACUUCAAUGAUGUGUACAUACGGACAAUGUGGCUGCAUUGCAUGACUUUGUUCUCUUGCUUAUGCAUGGAAGUGUGUUUUGCAAUAAGGCUAUCAAUCUAAGUCUGUGUAUAAAUGUCUAUUGAUGUUCCUUCUUGGCCAUUUGAAAUGUUGGAAACUUAUUCAGCUGGACUGGUGCAAUUUCCACUGGAAUGUGAUUGUACAUAUGAGUUGCGAAGACAAGGGUUAAGUGCCCUAAAUAGAUUGAAUAGAUUUUGUAAGAAAUUUUAAGUCUCUAAACAUUAUAAUUAUGGAUCUGUAUGUACUAUAUUUUCCUAUGGAAUACAUUGAUAUUUUGCAAAUAAAAACAAAUUUUAAAAUUCCAA